AUGUGUCGAUACGACAAGCGGAGAACAACAGAACAUGGAAUUCGAAACGAACUCAAUGACAAGCCCGCAUUAAAACGAAAACUUUUCACGGACGAUAUACUGAAAAAUGACGAACCCGUGAAAUUCUACAUGGGAUUUCCAACAUUGGCCUGUCUUAUGGCGAUAUUUAAUCUACUUAAACCUGCAGCCGAGAAACUGAAAUACUGGGACAGCAAUAAGGGGAAAAAAGUCAAUUUCCAAUACAGACCUGUAAAAAAGAGUGGCAAAAGGAGAAGUCUAAUCAUCUUGCAAGAAUUUAUUUUGACCUUGGUAAGACUUCGAUUGGGUUUACUUGUUCAACACCUGUUAGACACUCCUUCCAUCUCUAAGUCUUCUGUUUGUAUGGUGCUCACCACCUGGAUCUUUUUUCUUACUGUUACUUUGAGAGAUGUUUUGUUGACUUGGCCUUCUAAAGAAAUGGUUCGCCUAAACUUUCCCGGGUCAUUUAGAAAUUAUCCAUCCACUAGGGUUAUAAUUGAUUGUACGGAGAUAUUCAUUCAGAAACCUACCUCUCCUGCUGCACAGCGAGCCACGUGGAGCGAAUAUAAGAGCCAUAACGCUAUCAAAACGUUAGUUGGAAUAACUCCAUCGGGAUUUUUCAGUUUUGUGUCAAAAUUGUGGAGUGGAAGUACAAGUGACCGCAAACUCACCCAAAAAAGUGGAAUUUUGGAAUUGAUUGGGGAAGGGGACCACGUCAUGGCUGACAGAGGGUUUGCAAUCAGAGACUUGCUGACAAAGCGAAAGGCCUUCCUAAAUAUGCCUCCCUUCUCUAAAAAAGGUCAGCAACUGUCCAAAAAGUCACUGAAGACAACAAGAUCAAUUGCCAGUGCAAGAAUUCAUGUUGACAGAGCCAUUGAGAGACUGAAAGACUUCCAUAUUCUACCAGGAAAUCUGCCUAUACCACUUGUACCUCUUGCUGAUAAAAUAUUAAUAGUUUGUGCUGCUUUGUGUAGUCUACUACCUCCACUUGCAAAGUAG